AUGGCGUCGCUGGAGGCCCAUAUCAAGAAGCAAGUGGAGCUCUACUUCUCCGACAGCAACUUACGUCGCGACCGCUUCCUGCGCAAGGAGACCAAAAAGCGGGAGGGCGGCUGCGUGCCCUUCACCUUCAAGAAGCUGGCGGCGCUGACCGUGGAUGGCGCCGUGCUGCAGGCCGCCAUCGUCGACUCGGACGUCGUGGAGAUCAACGAGACCAAGAACGCGCUGCGCCGCAGAACCCGCAGCCCGACCCAACAUCGAGUACGCUACGAAGACAGUAUCCACGACUCCGUGGGCUUCGGCGACGCCGUGGGCAAGAUCCUGGGCCAGAACAUGGCCGAUGACGCGCAGCUCAUCAUGACCAACCGCACCACCGCGCGUAUGCGUGAGAUCCCGAGCGAGAAGAAGGAGAGCAAGACGGCGUGA